AUGAAGUUCGCAACUAUCCUCUUCCUGGCCACCAGCGCCCUCGCCGCCCCCCUCAUCGAACGCCAAGUCUCUCCCCCGACCGGUCUCCCGCCCCGACCAACCCCUUCGGGCCCCCCCGGCGGCACUCCCCCUGCCUUCCCAACGGGCUUCCCACCACGCCCUACAGGCCCCGUGCCUACAGGCUUUCCUCCUCGCCCGACUGGCGGCUUCCCCGGCGGCGGUGUACCUUCAUUCCCGCCAGGCGGCUUUCCUGGAUUCCCUACUGGUGGGGCUCCGCCGAGACCUACGGGCGCGCCCCCUGCUUUUCCAUCAAUUCCGCCCAGGCCGUCGCCUGUUGCGCCACCCCAGUAG